AUGGCAUUUGCUGCCCAUAUAUUUGGAACUCUUGUCCCUUGUGUGCCAUUGCUCGAGACUUUGAACUUUUCAGGCUGCACUGCCAUUGAACAUUUUAAUAUCCAUUUCCCAAAACUCAAAACCUUUGUUGCCACUGACAGUUGCAAUGUUGAAUCAAUCUCUUUCCAAAGUACCCCAAACCUGACCAUGAUCUGUAUUGCAUUGGGGACAGAAGCUGAAAACCCUGGGCGACGCAGUACAAUCAAUUUGAAAAAGUUUCUUGAUAAUUUGCCUAGAGUUUUGAAGAUUUGUUUUGAUGGAUUUUUCCUUAAGGCCUCUGCGGUCGGGGACAAUGCUGUAGAACCGGUUCCAAGAUACUUGGAAGCACUAGGCUGCAUGUACCAGCUGUUGAACCAACUUCGAACUGUAAAGAUAACUUCCAUCAAGGGUUUGAGGACUGAAUUGCUUUUCAUCAAAUGCAUACUUGCAUGUUCUCCAGUUCUUGAGACGAUAUGUGUUCAGUACCAUGAAAUAGUUGAUGCACAUGAGGGGUUUAGAAUCUCAACAGAGAUGAUGCGGUUUAGUUGGGCAUCACCAAGGGCAGAAAUAGUAUAUGUGAAACCCUAA